AUGGAGGUCACCACUGCCGGUAGCACGGCCAACUCGUUGUUUCCCGUCGACAAGCCGCGUGACUGUCCUGCCAAAACGUUGAAACUGGCACUGAAGUGGAGACCAUGUCAACUGACGGUUGGCAACGAGCUCUUUUCCGGCAAAUAUCGCAUCGUUCUUGACCCGCAACUACCAAGAGUGGUUUUCAGACUCGCCGACGAAGAACAAGGCCAAGUGAUAUUCACAGCCAAGAACUGUUCGAUCGAGACCGGCUUGGAUCGAGAUGAUCCGGAAUUCGCCAGUCAGUACCGUGAUCAGGUGAAGGACGGCCAUCGGCUUUUGUUCAUCAUAAUUCGACCCUCCGCACAGCCACCAAUGCCUUCCGCGGCGAGAGAGGAACCUAGAAACGAUGAGAAGAGCAAGGAGUGGAAGACCCUUAAUACUAUCCACUGGGAAGAGAACGAGGCCGUCAUCUAG